AUGGCCAACAACGAGACCGAGGUUCACUCUGUCCCGACACUCACACAAGAAGAAGAACAUGUGGAGCCCACCGCAAUCGCAUCUAAAGGCAAGAGUCGCGCAUUUUACAUGAGCUUUCUGGCUAUCUGCGUCACCACAUUUCUCUCCGCAUUGGACUUGACCGCAGUCGGGACGGCGCUCCCCACGAUUGCGGAUGCCUUGCACGAUACGCAGGGCGAAUUUACAUGGGUCGGGUCGGCGUACGCGUUGUCAAGUACCGCAUUUAUUCCUUUGAGCGGGAGCCUGGCAGAUGCUUUCGGACGACGACCAAUCACCCUCAUUAGUAUCGCGUUCUUCGCUGUUGGGAGUGCCAUAGCGGGAGCAGCUCAGAAUAUGCAAAUGCUGAUUGCGGCGCGCGCUGUCCAGGGCGUCGGCGGCGGUGGAAUUCUCGCACUCUCAGAAAUCCUCGUCGCAGAUCUGGUUCCCCUUGCGGAGCGAGGAAUUUAUCAAGGGAUGGUCGGCCUUGUUUGGUCGUUUGCUUCAAGUAUCGGCCCUCCGAUUGGGGGUGCUCUAGCCAGCGUUGACCACAAAGCAUGGCGGUGGCUCUUCUAUCUCAAUCUUCCCGUGUCCGGCUUUGCUUUCAUCCUCGUUGUCGUCUAUCUCAAUGUCAGACGACCAGAAGGUUCUACUCGAACCCGAUUGGCUCAAGUAGACUGGAUGGGGAAUGCGAUGGUCAUAACCGGUUCCGGACUGGCGAUUAUCGGGCUCGCCUGGGGAGGCAUUCGCUACCCCUGGGAUUCUGUCCAGACGCUGGCGCCGCUCGUCAUCGGUCUCAGCAUGCUGGUUGCUUUUGCUGUUUAUGAAGCCAAGGUUCCCACACAUCCGACGAUUCCUCUUGAUGUGAUUGGGAAUCGCACAUCGCUCUCUGGUCUUCUCGCAACUGCAGUACACGCCAUCACAAGUAUCUCUGUCAUCUACUACAUGCCAGUCUACUUCCAAGCUUGCUUUGGCGCGUCGCCAAUCCGCUCGGCUGUCGAUGUCCUUCCUGGCGCGCUGGUCACGGCCCCAAUGGCGUUGGUCGCUGGUGCCGCCAUAACAGUACUCAAAAAGUACCGACUGACCAACUAUCUCUCAUGGGCAAUCUUGAUUGCCAGCCUUGGUAUCAUCACCAUGCUUCGCGCGGACACCUCGACGGCCAAAUGGGUGGGCUAUCAAAUCCUGCUUGGUGCCGGGAUUGGCAUGCUGUUCGCUGCGCCAAUAUUCCCGAUCCUUGCCCCGCUUCCCAACAAUCGCUCUGCUUCCGCGUUGGCGCUUUUCACAUUCACCCGUGCUUUCUUCCAAGCGUGGGGCAUCACGAUUUCGAGCACAGUCUUGCAGAAUGAACUCAGACGAAAACUCCCCGCCGAGUUCGUCGCACGCUUCCCGCCCGGCUUCGAGAUCGCCUAUAUAGCCAUACCCGUGAUCCGCCAGCUCCCGGAACCGCUGAAGCAGGAAGUCCGGACCGCAUUCGCGCUGAGCAUGUCGACGAUCUGGCAAGUUAUGACGGGGAUUGCUGGGCUGGGGCUCCUCUCGUGCCUGUUGAUGCAGGAGAUCCCGAUGGACACAACCGUGGACGAGACCUAUGCGCUGAAGGACGACGAUGCGAAGAAGAGCGAGGAUGUUGAAAAGAGGCAAUAA